UAAUCAGUCUGCUAGCAGAAUUUAUUUACUGGAUAAUAUAAAUCAAUUGUACAGCAAGAACAGGUGAAAAAAAUAAAUUCGAGGCUCAGGGCACCGUUAUAUCCAAAACUUACCCUGGGACCCGGUCUAUCUAUAAAAAUCCCGCAGCGCGCAAGCGCGGGCAUAUCGCGCUGUCCGCUAUACUUUACGUACCGUGAUGCGAUUUAUACAGUGCAGUGUUAGGUUUGGUUCAAUUCAGGUCUAAGUUGUACGACAUUUGCAAACUUGUAGCGGAGUGCGGAGUAUCCAUAUUCAUCUCAAAUCAUCGAGAAUCAACUAGCCAAGUCAUGAAGUAUAUUCUGGUGACCGGCGGUGUGAUCAGCGGCGUGGGCAAGGGUGUCAUCGCCAGCUCGUUCGGCACUAUCCUCAAACACUGUAACAUUCGCGUGACAUCCAUCAAGAUUGAUCCUUAUAUCAAUAUCGAUGCCGGGACAUUCUCGCCCUACGAGCACGGAGAAGUUUAUGUACUCGAUGAUGGUGGUGAAGUGGAUCUUGAUUUGGGCAAUUACGAGCGUUUUCUGGAUAUCACUCUUCAUAAGGACAAUAAUAUAACAACAGGAAAAAUUUAUCAACAUGUUAUCACAAAAGAGAGACAUGGAGAUUACCUAGGAAAAACAGUACAAGUUGUACCUCACAUCACUGAUGCUAUUCAGGAGUGGGUGGAAAGAGUUGCGAAUCAGUCUGUAACAGAAGAUGGAGCUAAACCAGAGGUUUGCAUAGUGGAAUUGGGUGGCACAAUAGGCGACAUAGAGGGGAUGCCGUUUGUAGAAGCAUUUAGGCAAUUUCAAUUUAGAGUGAAGAAAGAAAACUUCUGUGUUGCCCAUGUGUCUUUAGUGCCGCAGGUAACUGCGUUACAUGCCUACAAUCUUUACACACAGCCAAAAUCAACGGGCGAACCCAAAACGAAACCAACGCAAUCUAGUGUGAGGGAGUUACGUGGAUUAGGUUUAUCACCCGAUCUAAUAGUUUGUAGAUCGGAAACGCCUAUUGGCAAUUCUGCCAAGGAAAAAAUUUCAAAUUUCUGUCAUGUCGCUCCAGAGCAGGUCAUCACUAUUCACGACUUAACAUCCAUAUACCGAGUACCACUUCUUAUGGAGUAUCAAGGCGUUAUAGAGUUUCUCAAUGAUCGAUUGCAACUGAAUAUCGGAAUACCGCGCCCGCGUUCCUUUAUGCGAAAAUGGCGAGAUUUAGCUGAUCACGUGGAUCAUUUGCGGAAAGAUGUUAACAUCGCUCUAGUGGGCAAAUAUACAAAACUCGAGGAUUCUUAUGCUUCUGUUACAAAAGCGUUACAACAUGCUGCCAUUGAGGCCGGUUAUAAAUUGAAAUUGACGUUUAUUGAAGCUGCUAAUCUAGAGCAAAUUACAUUAAUGGAAAAUCCAGUCUUGUAUCAUGAGGCUUGGCAACAGCUUUGUAAAAGCAGUGGCAUUAUUGUACCAGGUGGCUUUGGUAAAAGGGGAUUGCAAGGAAAGAUGGAGGCCUGUCGAUGGUGCAGAACAAACAACAAACCGUUUCUCGGCAUCUGUCUGGGUCUACAAGCGGCAGUCAUUGAAUUCGCGCGAAACGUAUUGAAUCUCCAAUCGGCGAACUCUACAGAAAUUGAUCCACAUACUAGUAGUCCUGUGGUAAUAGACAUGCCAGAGCACAAUCAGGGAAUUAUGGGGGGAACUAUGAGGCUUGGCAAGAGACAAACGCGUUUUUGCAACAAUAAUUCUGUCCUAAAGAAAUUGUAUGACAAUAAAGAUGUCAUAGAAGAAAGACAUAGGCAUAGAUACGAAAUAAAUCCGGAUUAUGUUCCAGAUUUAGAAGCAGCUGGUUUAAAAUUUGUAGGUCGUGAUGACGAUGAAAAUAUACGAAUGGAAAUCGCAGAAUUGGAAGGACAUAGUUAUUAUGUAGCUACACAGUUUCAUCCUGAGUAUCUAUCAAGGCCUUUAAAACCCUCACCGCCGUUCCUCGGUUUAAUUUUAGCCAGUGUAGGCAAAUUGAAGUAUUAUGUAGCACGAGGAUGUAAAUUUUCACCUCGCCAACAGAGCGAUAAUGAAUCAGAUGAUGACUACAUGUUGGAGAAAGUGUCAAAAUUGCAGUUGUCUAGUAAUGCAAGUAGAAGUGGUAGUAAUGUGUCAGAACUCAAUGAUACUUUGUAUUGAGUAUAGUUUUAUUAUCGCAAAUUUAUUUUGUGUCAUUCCAUUUUCCUAUAAUCUGAUCCACAUGUUUUUCUCUAGUCUUACAUAAUUCAUGAUUAAAAAUUGAAACAUGAUAAAUACAUGAAUAUGUGAUAAGUAUAUUUGUAGAAUAUAUAUUAAUAAUAUAAAUUUAAAUCUUGCUAUAACUGAAAACAUAAGUUAAAAUCCUAAUAUAUCUUACAAGCAGCAACAACUAUAAAUACAAAUAUAUAAUUUAUGAUAACUUUAGGAAUGAGUCUGUAUCUCAUAUUAUGUUACUAUGAAAUCUCGUGCUUUGGUUAAAUAUAUAUAUGUAAGCAGACUCUUAUAGAAAAUAGAUUUCAUCAUUUUUAUCAUUUUAAUACAUCGUCUUAUACCAGAGAUUUAAAUUUAUAUAAUUUUAAUAAGUUAAAAUGUUGUGAGAGAAUAAAUAGUUUUUAUGAUAUUAUAAUACACUUAUCUUAAUUGUAAGUCUGCAGUAUUCAAACUACAUUUUUUAUAUCGACAAACUGGUUUUUUAUACGUACAAAGUGUCCAGGAUGAGAGAUAGAGAGAGUGUCUCGAAAUAUUAUAAUUUUAUUAUAAUCUCAUGUAUAUCAAACACAAUUGUUAUACGUAAUGUAUAAUGUAGUGUAUACCUAAUACAAAUUUUAUUAGAUAUUAUAAGUUUUAUAUUUUGUAAUAAAAAUUAUAUCAUGUUUGAACA